AUGGAUUUGCUGCGCCUCCUCCUCAUCCUGCUGGCCAUGUGCUGUCCUGCGCACGCAGGCUGUCGGCAGUACUCACCUACGGGGCUAAAGCAGAAAGAGGCAGGAGGGACCUGCGGGCUCCGGCCCAUGGCUUUUCAGUACGGCACGUCGCGCGUCGUGGGUGGCACAGAUGCCCAGGCAGGGGCCUGGCCCUGGAUCGUCAGCAUCCAGAAUCCCUGGCAAGCGGGCACGGGUCAUACCUGCGGAGGCUCCCUCAUCAGCGCACAGUGGGUCCUGACAGCAGCCCACUGCUUCAUCGAGGCCAGCUACAUCACCAUGUGGCGCGUGGUGAUCGGUGCCACGCGGCUGACUCAGCUGGGCCCUGAGGCCCAGGUGCGCAACAUCAAGCGGCUGCUCCUUCACCAAGGCUACAGUAACAUCACGCAGAGGAACGACAUUGCCUUGCUGGAGCUGGACCAGCCUGUGCAGUGCAACGCCUACGUUCAGCUUGCCUGCGUGCCCGAUGCCUCGCUGAGAGUCUCGCAGCUGAAAAACUGCUACAUCAGUGGCUGGGGUGCCACGACUGCAAGAUGUGAGUACCCUGGACGAUCAACGGAUGUGCUGCAGGAGGCCCAGGUCCGCCUCAUUGAUGUCAACGUCUGUAACAGCAGCCGGUGGUACAGAGGGGCCAUCCACACGCACAACGUCUGUGCUGGCUAUCCGCAGGGCAGCAUUGACACCUGCCAGGGGGACAGCGGUGGGCCUCUCGUGUGCCAAGACAGCAGUGCAGACUACUUCUGGCUUGUUGGUGUCACCAGCUGGGGGAGAGGCUGUGCCCGAGCCAGGCAGCCCGGAGUCUACACCUCCACUCAGCACUUCUACGACUGGAUCCUGCUACAGAUGGGCCUGCGCCCAGCAGUGAGGGCUACUCCAACAGCACGCGCUUGGAGUCAUUUUGUCACCACGUCAAGCCCCGUUCCGAGGCCAAGGCCCACAGCAGUGCAGUCGGGCGGCUCCUGCCCGUUUCCAGUCCAGAAGCUGCUGGACUUCUUUAGCCGGCUGCAGGAGCUCCUGCAGUACCUAAGGGGAAAAACGGUGUGA